GGCAACUGUCUCCUUCAGAAUCCCAACUUUACCCCGACUACAGAUAAGAGAGACGCCAACAUGAUGCUGUUCCUCUUCCUGUUUGCUCUGGCUCUGGGUGCUGUGUCUCCUUCAGGUGAACUUGAAGUGAAGCUGCUGCGUGGAAGCUGUCCCUCGUUCUGGUUCAGCUUUGACGACCGCUGCUACAAGUACGUUUCUACGCAACUGUCCUGGGCUGAUGCUGAGCGCUACUGUGUGUCACAGGGAGCCAACCUGGUGUCUAUCCACAGUGAGGGAGAACAUAAUUUUGUCAGAUCCUUGGUCAGGAACUUUGACCAUGCUGAGGGACCAACAUGGAUUGGACUUAGUGACGCUCACAAGGAAGGAAUCUGGUUGUGGUCCGAUGGUUGUGCAGUGAAAUUUACACAGUGGCUUGUUGGGGAGCCAAAUAAUGUUCAAGGACUUGAACACUGUGUUCACAUUAAUUGGGGAACACCCAAGAGAUGGAAUGACAUGCCUUGUACUGUAACCCAUCCCUCUGUUUGUGCAACACGCAAAGCCACCUGUCCUUAACAAUUCUUCAACGUGAUUCCUUGUGAUGCUCUGACAUACAUCCUAAACAAACAUAAAAUGUGCACUUGUACGUUUGUAUGCAGAAAUCUUGUAUUGAUUUAUUAUUAUAUAGAAAGAUGAUUUAAAUCCUUACAUUUGUACAUCUUGCAGGUAUUUGUUUAUCAUGUGUUUUGGGUGCAUAAUAAUGUAGAAGAAUACCUUUGACUC